AUGGCGUCCUCAGAACCAUCCUCCGCUUUACUUCCAGCAGAGGUCGACACGUCCACGUCCCCGCUUCGAUCGGUGUCUCCGGCUACCUCCCUGACCAGUGUCUUCCAGUCUCUGGCCACUCAGCUUGAGUUGUAUAUGAAGAGGACUGACUCCGCCCUUGUCAACUCGCAGACCGCCCUCGAGCAGUCCCAGAUUGUCCUUCAGCAGUCCCAGAUUGUCCUUCAGCAGUCCCAAGUCGCUCUCCAACAGAUCACCACUUCGAUCGCUGCUCUUGAGGGAAAGUUCGAUGCCAUUCUUACAACAUCAACCGCUUAUCGAGCUGACACCAAUGCCAAAUGGGAGAACCUCACGGACCAGUUGGGUCUUCAAUUGCCAUGGCAGCCCGCCAAAACGAGGAGUUUUUACAGAGCAACAGGAACAGGAGUUGCGACAGACGAGAGUCAGGAGGAGGAUGACGAUGUUGCGAAAGACGCAGGCAACAAUGUGACCAACUGA